AUAAAUUCUGCGCUUCUACAGUGAAAAUGAUGCAUAUCCAGAAUGAUUAAUAUGCUCCUUAACUAAGUGCUACAUAUAGCCGCCGAAUACAAUAUAUCGAACAGACAUUCUGUGUCUUGGAGUUGAUUUUCUGUUUAUUGCAUACGAGGUGCUUCAUUAUCUAACUUUUCCUUGCUAACCAUGUGGUGCAGGAGCCGUCUUGCCCUUGAAGGGUUGGUCCGGGAAUUCAGUAAAGUGACGGUGUCCCCCAUUCAAAACUUCUCGCAAACAGCAUGUAAGAACACUGUAAAAGUUGAAAGAUGGUGGCAGGUUCCGCUGUCAAAAGAAGGCCGGCCCCCGAGGCUCUACGCCCGACGUCAUUGGGUCUACCGAUUUGUGGAGGACACCAAGCACCUUCCGCAAGGGAAGAUGGAGCUCAUCCUAACACAGACCGUUCCCAAACUGGGCGGCAGAGGAGACACCGUCUUUGUGAGGAAAUCCAUUGGCCGCAAUAAGCUUUUACCUGAGGGCCUUGCGGUGUAUCCCUCACCAGAGAACAAGGCGAUGUUUGAGGAGGAGAGAAGGAAACUGCAUGAAGGGAAGGUGGAGGAAAGGAUCCAGACUCGCACGGGAGAGCUGACAGUGCAGUUCCUGAAAAGCUGUAAGCUUGAAGUUGGAAUGGUGAAUGUGGAGUACGUGCUCACUAAAGAAAUAGUGUGCCGCCAAUUCCGCAAAAAGCUCGGAGUUGUUGUCCCACCUCAUGCCCUGACCCUUCCAGAAACACCAAUCACAGGCUUGGGAGAGUACUGGUGCGAGGUCACGGUGAAUGGGUUGGACACUGUGCGCAUUCCCAUGUCAGUGGUGCCCUUUGAGAGUCCACGCGAGAGACGCUACAGGAACUGGCUAAAGCGCCAGGGCCAAGCUGACACCCAAACACCCGGUCCAGAGGAGGCGACCAAAGACAACCCUGUGACACCAACCACUGACAACCGCAGGACCGAUGACACAAAACCCUCUGAGAGUUAAUAGGGUGUUUGAGUCGAAGUCUGUCAUUUUAUAUACUGUGUAAUAUGCCUGAAACUCAGUGACCACAGUUUGAUGCCACCAAAGUGCAGUCAGCCCAGAGCUGAACUCCCCCCUCCUGCCCAGCUACUGAUGAUGUCACUGGAACUAAGGCAUCUCUGAACUGGUGAUGUAGGAGGAAAGGGACAUAUUUUGGCAGAACUUUUUUUGUGUGCAUAUAGCGGUCAGAGAUUACAUAGACAUCACACAGAUUAGAAGUAUACUUCAUUUGAUUGUGUAGAUGUGCAGUUCUUGAAAUUACAAAAUAUUUCCUCCGGUUUAUUUCCUCCUGCUUCCUCCACUGACUGACAGCAGCAGCUCAGAUCUGCCUGGGUUCAUUACAUCAGCAGUCAGCUCAUCCUUCUCAGUCAUCAUGGAAAUGUUUCAUACCUAUAAAACAGAUCAGAUUACCAGACAGGCCCUUAAAGGGAGAUUGCAGAAACAUUGAGUCAUCAUUACCAUCACACAUGGACCUGUAAAAAGUCACAUGCUA